UUGUACAAGAUGGCGUCUGACUGGAGGGAGAGGGAGCCCCUCUCUGCAUCCCCGGGCUGGUGAGAGAGGGGAGCGGGCAGCCUGGCAGGAGGAGGAGGAGGGGGAUCCUGAUCGCUACAUGGCGCUGUCUCUGCUCUGGGGAUUGCACUGGGCUGGAUGCAUCCUGCUGCUGCUGGCGGCUGCUGGAGGACAGAGCACCUGGCUAGACCUUAGUUGCCGUCCUGGCCCCACAGAUACAACUCUCCUGCCAGGUCAGGAAGCCAUCUUGCAUUGUGACCUAGAUGACUCUGAGGUAUCCAAUAAUGUCACCUGGUGGAAGGAUGGAGAGCAGCUAAACACAGAAGACUUCACCGUACUUCUUGAUGGAUCGCUUGUAAUAUCACAAGGAGAAGGAGCCAGCGUCGAGGGAAGCUACUUCUGCAGCAUCAGGAACUCCUUUGGAGUUUUGCAGGGCAGAACAGGCACAGUCAGGUUGGCAGGGCUGCCUCCCUUUCACCUCCAUCCUGAACCUCAGGUUGUAUUAAAGAACACUCUGGCAAGAUUUGAAUGUGGCAUCAACGGGUCUCCGACACCUCAGAUCACAUGGCAAAAAGACCAGGUUCCUCUACCAUCAUCUAGUAACAGGAUCAUCGUCCUUCCUUCUGGAGUCCUGCAGAUCAUUGGGGUGCAGCAGGAAGAUGAGGGGCUGUAUCGCUGUGUGGCUGCCAACACGCUGAGUAUUAGAUAUAGCAACGAAGCUCAGCUGUCUGUGAAAAAAGAUUGGAAACCAUUACCCGAUGAGCUUACAAUUAUUAGAGCACCACAGAACCUGACUGUGGCAGUGGGUCAGAGUGCAGUAAUGGAGUGCAUAGCCGAAGGGAAUGUGACACCGGUGGUCUCCUGGUCUCGUCAAGAUGGAAGACCAAUCUCCUUUGAUAUCAUCCUGCUGGGAGAGACCAGUCUUCUGAUUCAGCAGGUUCAGGCCCACCAUGCUGGAGUUUAUGUAUGCAGAGCUAAGAACCCAGAAAGUCAGCACUUUGUCGCCAUUUCAGCCCAUCUUCACGUCCUUGUGCCUCCAGUUAUAACUCAACCCCCAGAGACCAUCACACGGGCACGAGCAGGAACCGCCCGCUUUGUUUGCAGAGCUGAAGGUGACCCCGAACCCACCAUCACUUGGUUAAAAAAUGGUGAGGUGCUUCCCUCCAAUGGCAGAGUCAGGAUACAGCCAAGGGGCAGCCUAGUUAUCACACAGGUUGCUCUGGAGGAUACCGGCUAUUACCAAUGUGUGGCAGAGAAUAUUUUGGGAAGUGUCUGCGCUAUCGCAAAGCUCCAUGUUACAGUGCAAGAAGGUCUACCUGGUCCACCACAAGCCUUGAAAUCCCAGGCCGUAACCAGCAAGACAGUAACAGUAGCAUGGGAGAGACCGGAGAGCAACUGGGAGAGAGUUGUAGGCUUCUCUCUUCAUUAUGCCAAGUCGGGUGGUUUGAAUAAUGAAGAAUAUCAGUUUGCAGUGAAUAACAACACCACAGAGUUCACUGUGAGGUACCUGGAACCUGGGACCAGCUACACCUUCUAUGUCGUAGCCUAUUCCCAGCAAGGAGCCAGUCGUGCUUCAGAGCAUCUUGUGGUGCAGACUUUGGAUGAUGUUCCAGGAGCUGCACCCAUGCUGGCCCUCAGUAGCGAUGGUCCAGAAGAUCUUCAUGUGAAAUGGCUCCCCCUUCUGCCUGAGAUGCGCAAUGGCCAGAUCACAAAGUAUCGCAUUGAAUACUGCACCCAGCGAGAUGGUGUGGUCAGCACGCUAGAAGCUGGUGCAAAUGAGACCCAGGUCACACUAUCCUCAUUGCAGGCCGAUACUGUAUAUAAAGUCCGGAUCUCUGCUGCUACCACAGCUGGAUAUGGAGUCCCCUCAAACUGGGUGCUGCACCGCACUUUAGACAGAGUCAAUCAGACCCUAUGGACCAGGACACCAAUACAGUUACAAGUCAUUGCCCACAUAGAUUCACUGCUUGUCAGCUGGCAGCUGCCCCACUCUGAUUUCCAAGUCACUGGUUUUAGGCUCUAUUACCGCAUGGUGUGUCCUACAGGGAAUUACACCUCUUUGUGUCCACGGCAAGAACAAAAUGAGUGGGACGUGGGGCCAAUCAAACUAAAGAAGAAACGGAAACAGUACGACUUAACCCACCUAACACCUCGGCAGCUAUACCAAGUCAAACUGGUGGCAUACAAUAAGAAGCAGGAAGUGCAGACGGUCAUGUGGGAGGGAAGAACCAGGUCGACCCUGGCUAUACCACCAGAUCUCAUAGACCAGAAGAUCCCACCCUUGCCACCCAGCCAUAUUCAAGUGAUGCCAAACAGCUCUACAUCAAUGGUGGUGAAAUGGAGGAAACCCAUAAUAAGUAGCAAAAUUGUGAAAUAUACUGUACGAUGUGGACCUUCGGCAACCAAGAAUGCGUCUCUGUUCACCUACCAUAACAGUGUUUCAGAAGAGAUUCUGAUUGGUGGAUUGAAACCGUACAGCAGGUACGAGUUUGCCGUUCAGUCCAGCGGAGCCGGAGUUGAUGGGCCCUAUAGUAACAUUGUGGAAAAGAUGACCCUUCCAGAUAGACCGUUCUCGGCUCCCGCUGACCUGGUUCUGGAGCCAUUGUCACCGUUUUCUGUACAGAUGCACUGGCGCCCCCCGGUGGAAUCAAAUGGAAUAAUUGUGCAGUAUCUAAUACUAUACACUGCCAAUAAAAGCCACCCUGAUGGAAUGUGGACUGUUUUAACCAAGGACGGAAAUACUUUUAGUGCAGAAGUGGACGGUUUGCAAAGUGGGACCAAAUAUUACUUCAAGAUGGGAGCCAAGACAGUGUCAGGCUGGGGGCCAUAUUCCAAUGUGGUUGAAGUUGAGACCCUGCCUCCAAGACUACCAGAUGUCCUGGAUAUGAAUUCCGUCACUGGUAUCAUUGUUGGCGUCUGUCUGUGCCUCCUGUGCCUCCUUCUCUGUAUGUGUGCAAGCUUCCAACAGGGCAAGCAGGGGGACGUGGGAUCUGAUUUGGGACCCAGGACUACUAGGGGUCCUUUAUCCUAUCAAAGGGCAAGACAGGGGUCAUGUUCCCAAACUCACUGCCAAGACUCACAUGAGUUAGAGACUUUGAUGCCGCCUGCACAAGAAGAUGCUCCUUCUCUUUCAGUUCCAAAUCUAUUAGGAAGCCAUAGCCUUGUUUUAAAUCCACCGACAGAAGACAAAAAUCAAGUGAAGGUGAAGCCUUCAUGGAAUGGAUCAGUCACUCAGAACUGGGCAAACCACAUCACCAGCUAUGCUGAUACCAUCACAGGCGACCUCACUUGUGCUGCCAAUGGUUCAGCAAAUCAUAUGACCUCUGGAGGUCUAAGGAUGGCCUUGCAUGAUAUUUCCUAUGAAUCACAUAAGAUGGAUGUUGGAAAGAAUCAAAGGAAUUCAUCUCAGAAUCAAGUGGAGGCUGACGUCAUUGUCCACUCUGACUUCUCUGCUUCUGAGCGCAGUGGUCAUUGUGCUGGCUUGGACUCAGAAGAAGAGGACGAACUUAGUUUGGAUCCAAACAAAGACCAAGCUGAGACUUGUUUGACUGCAGUCCCUGACCUUCAAACCCAGGGCAUGGUAAAUGAAAAUGGAAGCCAAGACUGGAGCUGCCAGCCAUUAAUGGCCAUUAGUACAGAACAAAGUUUAAAUUCAUUGACAACAAAGAGCCAGCACCUUGCCAAUGGCAUCCAGUGUGCCAGGAGUUUGGACUUUCAGGAGAAUCAGGCCAUCCUGGGCUUGCCGUUCACUGUAGACAGCGGAGGUCCAUGUUCAGAAGAUGUGUCUUUAACGUCUAAGGGACAGCAAGAACUGCCACAAAGCAAUACACCAGACUCACUACAACCACUCAACCUGGAGGAGAUUGUACACUGAAUUUUGGGCUUAAAUGAACCCACAAACAAAGGAAUGGCCUAUUUGGGUCCACUAGUCUGUUUCAUGAUUUCACAGAUUUCAGAAUAGACCUAAUGUUGGGGGUAAGCCUUGCGAAUAUUCAGCCAUUUUCUUCAACUAAAACUUGUUGAAUUUUCUGGCAGUCUUGAAUCAGACGGGGAAUGGCUAUAGGUAGCAGUAAAGUGAAUUGGAUAGCAUUGGCACUGCCCACUAAAAGUGGUCCAUGGUAAUGUUUCAUCUAUGGAAGAGAAACUAGAGGCUCUAGCAUGCAACUGUUGCUGAGUUUCCUAAAAAACCAAAUUCCUUUAGAGUUAAAUGAAAAGGAUGUUAUAUAGGAAUCUGGGUUUUGUCAUUUGUGCUAUAUGAUGAAUUUUGGGUCAGGCUAAAAUCACCAAAUAAGUUGCCUUCUUGUACGUGUAGUGCAAAAACAAUAAUUAUGUGUCAUGCGUGCUCCCUUUACACUGACAGUGCUUUCUGAAAAUUAUACAUGCCAAUCUUACAUGGACCAACCAGAAGCAUAGCUAUAAGGGGUGCAGAAGUAGCAGUCACACCCAGGCCCUUGUGUUAAUAUUCCCUCUGCCACCAGUAUUAUAAAUGGUACAUGUAGGUGGGGGCCCUAUUACAGGUUUUGCAUUGGGGCCCAGGAUCUUCAAGUUAUGCAUCUGCCCAGCACUAUAAAGAUCAUUGCCUCUGAGGGGUUAUCCCAUGAUUAAUGUAUACAAUUAAAAUCAGAUAUCAUAUAGUACAUGACAGUCUUCUAACAAAGCUACAACCAACCCUGUACCUCACCUGGAUCCAGAGAUCUCCCCAUUCAUCUA